UGUUUGUGUUUGAAACUUGAUGCUCCAUAUGAAAUCUCUUUUAAAUAAAGGAGAGCAAUUUUUUAUUUCUUACUUCUAAUUUUUUUUUUCCUGAUCCAUGGAGUCACCAACUGGAUCUGAGUAGGAUCUCUAACUUGGGUUUGAUUAUAUUUGUUUCUCAGACAAUGCCAAAACUUAACUUGUGACUUGUCCAGGUCAUGAUGAGGUUAAGGACAACUGCUUGAAUGCAAUGCAUGUAACAUACACAUUAUAUAAAUGAUCACUCAUAUAUCAAUUGAAACAUUAAUUACAGACUUGAAUACACAUUAACUAUGCAAGUUCCUUAAGGUGUAUGCAAAUAUUUUUCCCUAUGAUGACCACAAGUGCCAGGUGAGAUUUUUAGGCAACAUUUCCAUCAACUCCUAUUUGUUGAGAAGUUUAUCCUCUCCAUUUUUCCAAAUCUAGGAUUGAUCACUUGACUCAGAAACAGAAGCACAAAUAUUGAUUUUGCAGUGGAAGGAGAGAGAGAAACAUAAUAUAGAAAGAAAAAUCAUUGUUGAUGGUGUUGCUGUAGGCACAUCUACUUGGAUUGGAUAUCAAUUUGUCUGACCAUAGGCCAGAUAUAAAUGUGGGCGGUGGUUUGUGAAUAAAAUGAUGAAGGGUGCUCUUGUAUCUGGGAUGUGUACGUUGAUUGAAUGCAUAUAUAUAUGUGCAUGUGUGUGAUAGAUGUAGCCCUAAUUUUAUCAAAAUUAUGAGCUGCCAUCAUAUUUCAUUUCCUCCAGUUUGGCGUACGGCAUUCUGCUAUGAGUAAUCUCUGUUGCAAUCCUAAAAAAUAUUUUGUGAAAAUAUUUUAAGCCAUUUGAGGGAUGACAGUGAUUUUUUAUUUUUAUUUAUUUUUUUAUUUUUUGUCUCAACUAUUUUUUGGAUUUCAAUAAAGUCUUCAUGUCUUGCAAUUUCUGAAAAAUCUUUUGUGAAAUUAUUUUAUGCCAUUUAAGGAAUGACUUUUGGCUUAUUUUCGUGUAAGUCCUUUUUUGGAUUGCAACAAAGUCUUCAUGUCUACAAUUUGCAGUGCUAUUGGCACAUUAUCCACCAUUAUUAUGGCAAUGUACAAUCCUUGCUUAGGCCGCCACCACAUCCACUGUUAACCACUGCCAUCUACUACUGCAGACCACCAUUCUUCACCAAGUGGUUCUCAAAUGUUUUUAUUACAUCAAAUAAGCAAAGUUCGCUUGAAUUCUUCCUUUUUUCCCUUCCAUUGUCAUUGUGGUUUGAAUUUCAAUUUUUGUUGCAUUCGGGGGACUUCAGUGGGCAAGUCCGAAUUAGAUGUCUUCUGAAGUGGAGGGUGUCAGUUAGCCUUAAUUAGCUUAAUUGUUGAGUUCAUUCCGUUAUGAAUCUUUUGGUUGAAAAGUGAAGGGUGAUGCUAAAAUUUGAUUCAAGUGCACUUUGCUUAAUAUUUGCGAACUACUCUGCUAUUGUGGAAGUUCAAUCUGGGAUUUUUUAGUUGUCCCAAGAGAAUCUUUCCCUGUGAUCCAACCGUGCCAAGUGGAAGGAGCGUCUCUUCACAGAUAAAAGUUACUCUAAGGAGAACAUCUGAUUUUUUCAUAAUUGUGACUUAACAGUUAAAUAUGGAAAUUGUGACACAGGAAGGUGCCGCAUUAACUGUCGAUUCAUUCUCUGCUCUAGCCGAAGACUCGCCUUUGAGGAGAUACGAUGAUUCUGAUGAGCACUCGAAAGUGGAUAAGCUGUUAGGCAGUGGGAAAGUUGCAGAUAUUCUGCUGUGGAGAGAUGAGAAGAAAACGUUUAACUGUUUCCUCUUGCUGGUUCUGCUUUAUUAUUGGUUUUUCCUUUCUGGGAGGACAUUUAUAACGUCAGCUGCUAAGCUUCUGAUGAUGAUUAUUGUUUCGCUUUAUGGCUAUAGUAUGCUACCAGCAAAUAUGUAAGUAUGGCCAUUGAGGUUUUCUUUGGUAGAUGAUGCUAUUAUGGCUUUAGAUGGAUGUCUUCACU